AUGAAGUUCACUCUGAUCACCUCUGCUAUCCUGGCCACCGCUGGCUUGGUAUCUGCUGAUGCUGUUGGAGAUAUCGUUUCUGGCGCCGAGAGCCUCGGUAACAGUAUCGCAACGGGUGCCGUAUCUGGCGGGGAGGCUAUUGCUUCCGCGGCCGAAACCUACGCCAACGGUGUUGUCUCUGACGGUCAGAGCAUCGCCUCCAAUGCCGAGAGCAAGUGGUCUACAUGGACCGACGAUGUGACCACCACCAACUCCAACGGCCAGACUACUACCGUCCCCUCCACUAUGACCUCCCAGGUCUCUGCCACUGCCACUGAUUCCACCACUACUGGCAGCUCAACUUCGGGCUCUACCUCUACCUCCAGCUCGUCCGGCUCGUCCAGCUCACCCAGCUCCACUGGUACCUCUACUGGUACCAACGCUGCUCCCCACGCCACCGGCAUGGGCGUGGCUGCUGCUGGUAUUGCCGGUGUGGUCUACGUCAUGGCCGCUCUAUAA